AUGGAGUUUGAGAAGGCGUGGGAGGACAGGAACCCGCUGAAAGCCUAUGCUCUACUAAAACAGUAUAGCGGCAAAAUGAAAAGAUGUUCUCCUGUCUUCAACACUGCCAAUGGAGUAGCCGUCGGUGAAGCAACCCUUCCAAUUUGGAGGGAACAUUUCAAGACCUUGCUGAACCGGCUAGCACCGUCAGCUCCUGAACUCGAGCACGUUCAUAGACCGACGUAUGCGGUUAACGAGUCGGAGGUUCUAGUCUGUAUUCAAAAAACGAGGAAUGGAAAAUCUGGUGGAGACGACGGGAUUAGCGCAGAAAUGCUAAAAUAUCUUCUUCCGUCUGAGAUUCGUGAGAUGACAAAGAUCAUACGUUCAAUAAUAUGGAGACACGCUAUCAUAAUUCCUCUUCACAAGAAGUUAUCCGUCACGGACCCAAGAAAUUAUCGAGGAAUCUCUUUGCUGCGUGCUAUGUACAAGGUACUGGGGCGCAUUAUCCUGGACCGACUCAUUAAACAUCGCGAAGAAACAAAGCGUGUCGAGCAAGCUGGCUUUCGUCCUAGCCGAUCUACGAUUGACCAGGUGUUCAUCGUCAGGAGAGUGAUCGAAAUCUGGCAGCGGUAUUCAAAGCCAAUGCAACUAGCGUUUCUGGACUUUGAAGCCGCGUUCGACUCUUCUCACCGAGGCUUCUCUUCUCAACGCGCUUCGCGCCGAUGGAGUACCAAGAAAUUUCGUUCGCUUGCUUGA